GAAUACUCUUGAUGGUCUGAAUGUUAUAAUAUGGUGUAUUAAAAACAAUGUAUAUCAUUGAGAAAUUAUAUGACAAGUUCCUUUUCAAUUUUAUCUCUCUUAGUACUUUCACAUUUCUCCUUUUCAAACAGGAGCUGCGAAAUGUCACUGGAUGACAUAUAAUCUGUGUUACCGACUUUUUAUAACAAUGAAAGUAAAACCAAUUUUUCAGGGUGGGGUUUAUAAUAUUCUAUUAAACACAUAUUUUUCAGUGUUAUUUUAGUUUUUUUGGUUUAGUUAUAUUUGUGUUAAUUGUUGUAAUGUGUAAAAUAGUGAGAAUAGCAAAUUAUCGACUGAGUAAAUCAAAUUUGAGGUUAACAGUGUAUUAUCAUUUGUGACAGAUCCCAAUCCAUGUCGUUUUUUGUAAUAAUUUUGUUAUAAAUUCAUAAAGCUAGGACAUUUUAAUGUAAUUGAUAAUACAGUUAGUUAGUAAAUGCGGAUACAUGUGAACUGUUUUUAAAAAAAUGUGCUUCUCCUGAUGUAUGGAUAACAAAAAGUGAUACAAGGGAAUUAAAAAACGGCGGCCAUUUUAUUAACAGGCAGUAAUUCUUGAGAUGCAGCAAGCAUAGUUUGCCCUAUCCAGGGCAAACGCAUCACCAAUAGGCGACCUAGGUGAACAGUCUGCAGCGGGUCGCGCUGCAGACAUGGCUCCGGUGCCAAGGCCAGGCAGUCUGCGUGACCCAGAGAUAGCGGACCUCUUCUACAAGCAUGAUCCGGAGAAGAUUUUUGAAGAUCUACGGGAGAUCGGUCAUGGAAGCUUUGGGGCCGUGUACUAUGCGAGAUGUCUCCUUACCAAGGAGAUUGUCGCCAUCAAGAAGAUGAGCUAUCUGGGCAAGCAGAGCUUGGAGAAGUGGCAGGAUAUAUUGAAGGAGAUCAGAUUUUUGAAACAGUUGAAACAUCCUAACACAAUCGAAUACAAGGGAUGCUACCUGCGCGACAAUACAGCAUGGCUCGUAAUGGAAUACUGCUUGGGAUCUGCUUCAGAUAUCAUAGAAGUUCAUAAGCGUCCCCUUAAAGAAGACGAAAUUGCUGCCAUAUGUGACGGAGUUUUACAUGGACUGAGUUAUCUACAUGAGUAUGGAAGAAUACAUAGAGAUGUAAAAGCUGGAAAUAUUUUAUUAACCGAAAAUGGUACUGUGAAGUUGGCUGAUUUUGGUAGUGCUUCAAUAAAAUGUCCAGCCAACUCUUUUGUUGGAACACCUUACUGGAUGGCUCCAGAGGUUAUCUUAGCUAUGGACGAAGGACAGUAUGAUGGGAAGGUAGAUGUAUGGUCGUUAGGUAUAACUUGUAUAGAAUUAGCUGAACGUAAGCCACCGUAUUUCAAUAUGAAUGCUAUGUCUGCAUUAUAUCACAUUGCUCAAAAUGAGUCGCCUACAUUAUCGUCUCACGACUGGUCGGAUGUAUUCAAGCACUUUGUGGAAACCUGCUUACAGAAAUCUCCAGUUCAACGUCCCACGUCUUCUAAACUGCUUACGCAUCAGUUUGUGACAAGAACGCGAUCACCGAACGUUCUCAUAGAUCUAAUACAGCGGACAAAGGCUGCAGUUAGAGAUCUUGAUAAUUUGAACUAUAGGAAAAUGAAAAAGAUUCUUAUGAUAGAAAAUUGUGAAACUGAAAGUAAUAUAGACAUGGACGAUAUUCCUGAUGAGCAUACAGGUGGGGAUAGUUCUAAAAGCAAUUCUGUCACUUCUGAGCAUAGCGUCCAUUCUGUGGGCGUAUCCGCCAGUAGUCAAUCUAGUAGUACCAAUAGUUUGCCAGCAGGAGCGGAAGAUGGUUCAGUUAGGCGUCAUAGGCAAAUCAAUCACGCGGCGGCAGCUGCCAUUUCAGACCAUGGAACAAAUAAUUUCGCUACUAUAAGAACUACCAGUAUUGUUACCAAGCAGCAGAAAGAACAUAUGCAGGAGGAGAUGCAUGAACAGAUGUCAGGCUACAAGCGUAUGCGACGGGAACAUCAAAACGCUUUGCUCAAACUCGAGGAUAGGUGUAAGAUGGAGAUGGAAAGUCACAAGAAUCAGUUGGAUAAGGAGUAUGAAAUGUUGCUGCAGAACUUUAGUAAAGAACUUGAGAGACUACAGAUUAAACAUCAGCAAGAGCUGGAGCGUAAACAGAAGCAGCAUCAAGCUGCCGAAAAGAAGUUGAUAAAGGAAAUAACUAGCAAGCAGGAUCUGGAUAAAAAGGCGUUCGAUGCUCAUAGGAAAAAGGAGUAUAAGGCGAAUAAAGAAAGAUGGAAACGAGAAUUGUCUCAAGAUGAUUCAACGCCGAGAAGACAACGCGAUGCUACAUUGCAGACUCACAAGGACAACCUGAAACUAGUGGACGCUCAGGAGGAGCAGCGCUUGUUGCGCGGCCAAAAGGAAUAUCUGGAUCUGGAGGUGCGAAAGUUCCGCAGAAAAAAGCUGAUCGGAUACCACCAGCUGGAACAGGACCUGCUCAGGCAGGAGCUGAACAAGCGACAGCAUCAGCUGGAGCAAGCGCACGCGAUGUUGCUGAGGCAUCACGAAAAGACGCAGGAGCUGGAGUACAAACAGCAGAAGGCCGUACAUCAGUUGAGAGAAGAGCAGGUUAAAAAUCAACAUGACACUGAGUUAGCUAAUCAAGCCGAGUAUAUGAAGCGUACAGAACGAGAGAUGAGAAAGAAACAUGCGCUUGAACUGAAACAGCAACCUAAGUCACUUAAGCAAAAGGAAAUGAUGGUACGCAAGCAGUUCAGAGAAACUUGUAAGGUACAGACGAAGCAAUACAAAGCUUUGAAAGCGCAGAUCCUUCUGAAUACUCCCAAGGAAAAUCAAAAGACCGUCAUCAAGAAGCUUAAAGAAGAACAAAGGAGAAAAUUGGCAUUGCUCGGCGAUCAGUAUGAACAGAGUAUCGCGGAAAUGUUGCAGAAGCAGUGCAUCAAACUUGACGAAAGCCAAGAGCUACAAAUUCAGCAGAUGAAGGAACGUCUGAGAUACGAACUCGAAAUUUUGAUUGCGUACCAAAGCAAGAACAAGAUGCAGGCGCAGGCACAGAGAGAACGCGAAAAGAACGAACUACAAGAGCGCGUUUCGGUUAGACGAGCACUGUUAGAGCAAAAGAUGCAUGCUGAGAAUCAACGAUUUAUCGAAGAAAGAGGCGAGAGGAUAAGGAUUUUACACGAAAGGCAGGAGAGGGAACUUCAAGAGUUUGAUGCUGAAUCUGUAAGGCUGGGAUUUAGUGCAUUGGCAAUCGCAGAGAUAUCGUUAAAUGAUAUGUCACGUGAUAUUUAUGACGAUGACGCUAGCCUUUCAGGAUCCAUGCUGAGUCUGGCGCAUUCCAAUAGUUCCACGAGUUUUCCACCUAGUUCGGUAUAGUAAGUGCAAUGUUAUUGAUUGAUAAACACCAAAUUUCAUUCGGAUUAUGUUUUAUUGCGAAUCUUUUUAUUUCAAAUUCAUACAAAAGUUUGUUAUACUAAACUGGCUGUUAAAAUUGACGGUACAUGGUACAAAAAAGACGCCGGUAAUAAUACUGGUGAUUCUGGAAAUAAGAACAAUUUAUCAGAACUCCAGCGGUUUUGAACUCUAAUCUUACAUACGAGGAACUUAGACAAAAUAAUUGACUUGUACAAAUAUCUUAAUGAUUCUCUUUUACAUCUUUUUUUGCAAUAUCUAUAAAAUUGUCGAGAAGUAUUCACUGGCAGUAUACAAAUUCCAUUGAUGUUUUUUUUUUUUUCAUAAAGCCAAUUGCCUAGUAUUACCACGUGUUUUAUAGAAAUUGUUUUAUUUCGCAACUCUAAGAUUUUAGCAUUGAUUAACAUAUUCAACCAGGAGAAACUCAUUUCAAGUGAAAACUGUUUAUGUACCGUGUACCUCUAUGUAAUGGUCGUAGGAAUAAUUAGGCCAGAGGUUGAGGGGUGAUCUUUCCUUGGAGGGUUUAUGUCAUUUUUAAAAAAAAUUAUUUUGAGUCUGUUUUUAUUGCCUCUAAUGAAAGUACUGCGAUCCUAUUAGGCAAGUGGUUGGGCAUCUUGGAGAAUAUAUUAAUCAGUAGUUUAAGUCAAUCAAUUCAAUAGUUCAUAAUUUUUGCAGAUUAUCAUUUUUUUCUCCGUCUCUUCCACCCAAAAAAACCUAAUUGAAUGACAAUUUUCAAUGUGGCGAUUUUUGGGUCCAUUUCAAGAAGAAAAUAAACGUAUUAACUUUUGAGACACCGCGUGGUAAAGUUUUCAAAAAUAAAACAUUAAGAUCUGUAAUACCACUUUAGAUGAUUUAAUCAAAUUUGACUCACAUGUACAAGAGCAGGGUUGAUAAAAAUCAUUAAUUUUUUUUGUUUGUGGCAGAUUUUUUGAUUUCUUUAAAUGUCUGUAUGUCUAAUCCUUGGCCACUCUGUAACUUGGGAAGUACCGGUCCGAUUUUGAUUAAAUAUUCACGCAAGAUUACUACUAUGCCAAGGACGAAAAAGCUGUAUUGUUUCUGGAAAUCGGUCCAGUGGAGGCGGAGAAUAAGACCAAAAACGAAAAAAAAAGAAACAAAAAUCGAUUUAACGUUUUAGAGGGAGGGUCCUGGUCAUUUAGAGAAAAACAUUUGUACGGGUUAAAAUUCGGGGGCUGUAGGGUGAGGGUUUCUUGAUCUUAUUAUACUUUAUACGGUCCCAACCCCGGUAAUUCCAUGCACGUAUUAGAGAUUUGUACAUUUGCCUUUCUGUACAUACUAGAGCGCAAAAAACAUAGUGCAGCUAUGUCGCGUAGAUGUGGAAAGGGACAACGUUGCCAGGUUGGCAGUAACUACCGACGGGGCAGGGAAAGAAUGUCUUUGGACUAAGUGUUUACGUUCUCUGUUGUACAUGUCCGUAACUGACUGUUUUCUCAGCCGAUUUAAAUUGUGCUGUACUUGAUUAUGAACUGAUGACGAUGACGCGUAACAAGUGCAGAUACAACUUACUUGACUUCAUUUGUAUUUUAUAAAUUAGACUUAAUAUUCACUGAAAAUUGUAGAUUUUGACUUUAUUAACAGACAACCAAUCCCCUGUCAAAAUUAUGCAUUAGCCACACUUCAGCUGUCGUGGAAUGUUGCAUAAAACUAUCAAUAAGGUUUAUAUCAUUUGCGACAUUUUGAGCAUUUUCAGAAAUCCCAAAUCCAAACCGUUUCUCUGCAUGAUCAUUUUUUUAUACUCCAACCACCACGAAGGCCUAAGGCCUAAACACCCAUGGGGUACCGUGGGGCUAUAGGGGGAUACAGGCGAAAGGGGGAACGCUAGACAGACUCUGGCGAGGAACACUUAUUCUGGCCACGCCUACGAGAUCCGCCGGGUGGUACCUCCGCGUUCGACAGUCAGAGACCGUCUACCACAUACGGACAAUCACAACAUCCAUAGCCAAGAGAAAAAUUUCUCCUGGGACGGGAUUCGAACCCGCACAGCGCACGGCGACUGAUUAGGAGACCGAAGAGUCUACUACUGCGGCCACCACUGCUGCCUCAAUAUCAUAAUAAUAUCGUUACUAUGACAAUAUCACCAUGCAGAGAAAUAAAUUUAAUUUUUUAGGUGUAAUUUGUGCUUCGGGCUGAAAAAAAUCAAAAGAUAAAAUCUGUUCAUUAAUGAAUAUAGAUUCCAUUUUUUAUUUUGAGAAAAGUCAGUGACCUGCCAAACGAUUUAUUUUCGAAAAAUUUGCCACGUUCUAUCUCAAAAGUUAAGACGUUUAGAACAUACGGUUAUAUGAAGUUUUCUUCUUAAAAUCGACCUAAAAAUCGUCCCGUUAAAAAUUCAUACAAUUACUCCGUAUACUUGAACACAGUGUAAUUAAAAGAGAUUUAUUUCUGCCUUAGUUUAUAAUACAAAUGGCAGUUGACGGAAUUUCCGAGGAAUGAUCACAUUUCUGUAAUGCUAAAUCUCAAAUUUGACAGCCAGUUGAAAAAUUUGGUACUAUUGAAGCUAUGUAACUUUAUUAAUUAUAUGUAAUAUCGUGAAGUUUCAAUGAAUCUUUUUUAAAUAAUUAAAUUAGUACCAAAAAGCUACCAAAAUUGUACCUUAAUUGUUAUUAAUUUUCUAAUUUAUUUAUUUAUAUCUAGCAAUCUGUAGGAUAGUUUUUAUAAUGUAAUUGUGUAAAUCGAAUAAAAAUAUACAGUCGUACGUAUAUUAGUAGAAUCUAGGCUUUAGAGGAAAAUUCACAAAUCUUAAAAAAAAUACUAAGGUAGUUGAAGUAAAGAGUUUUGCAAGACGACUUUGUGAAGACACUACCUCUUUCAGAUGCUUUUCAACAAUACGAUCAGCUACUUGUAAUGAAUCUUCUAUGAUUCGGCCAAAAUACGCGUCGCCAAAUCAAAGAAUCAACAGAUCGAAAGUUUAUUCUGCAUUGCGAAAGCGGUCCGUUAGACCUUUUCUUUUCGUUUAAAAUUUUGACUGACAGGUUGCUCAGAUACUGGAUAAAACAGGUAGGAAAAAGUCCAGAUGGAUCAGUCGGAGGACGCUGAUCGGAUUCGGAAAUGUUAAAUCAGGCUAAUAGUUAAUUUUGAUAAUCGAUGUACGACCCACGUUUUGAAAGCGUUCAAACUUGAUCGACUGUGUAGUCCACUGACUCACGCAACAAAGAGCCACUGUACAAACGUUUUGACUAUAACGUAGCUAUUGAUUAUUAUUAUCACUGCAACAGUAGGCGAAAAAGUGCUAAGACACUGUUGUCUUUUUUUAUGGUUUUUAAUGCACAAAACGUGCAUAAAUUGGCAGUUGUUGCACCCACUGUAUUUUUUUUCAACAAGAGAGUUUCACGAGUAUACAACACGAUUUGAAAUGAAAUUGGAGACGCAUCAUGAAUGGCAAGACCUUCAAUACUUUUAUUUGAUCUUUUGGUAAGCAAAUCAACAAACCCAGGGUGGGGUAAAUAGAAAAUUGGUCCGAAGGCUGAAUCUUAGAAGCCGUCUUUAUUGUGGAGUUACGCCUUCAUGGUUGUAGGAUUUGAUGAAACGAUUUCUAUACUAUCCUAUCCUGAGCUGAAAAUCUUACGCCGUUAGAAGACUAAACUAGACUUUUUGACCUAAUCCGUAUGAGGUAUGUAUAAACAGGAAGGCGGCAUUAUGUGAUGUCUGUAGUGUUCCAGUACUAACUGAUAGAGAAGAGGUUAAAUGAAUCUUUGAAUCACAAAUUGUCUUGUUGAGCUCCAUAACUACAGAAACAUUUACAGUAACUCGAUUACUAGCAAGCGAUUAAAACGAUUCAAUGAUGAAUUUAUACUUGAUAAGUUAGUAUCAAAACCUUUUUAAUAUGUAGGCUAACGAAUUACCCUUAAAGAUUCCUUUAACGAAUAAAGGAAAUCCAGUAUUCUAAAAGCUAAUUGUUAAAGAUUAUUUGCGAAUUAAAAUUACUCAUAUUUAUAUAAAUACAUAUGCAUAGACUGCUUUUUACCCCCAAUACCCUUGGAAAGAGUGACUUUAUAGGAAUGACGGUUAGAUUGUUGAACAUUGCAAAUUACGGUACCGCAAUGCUUCUAGAAAUUGGUGUGAUGUCUCGAAUAUUAUACAGUCAAAAAUACCAUGGAGUUUAGAGAAUCAUGAAAACACACGAUGUAUCACUUAUUUAAGGCUAUUUUGUGUAAAUCAUACUCUCGCAGAUCCAUCAUGACUCACUUAUUUUUUGAGUUAAAUAUUUGUCUAUUUUGUGGAAAAAAUAUAACAAUUCUCGCAUAACUUGGUUGUUUCUUGUGAUACAAAGAAAUAUCUCUGUAUCUCUACAAUCAAAUGAUAUACAGGGUGCGUCAUCUAUUACUUUUUUCUAUUUGAAAAAUCAACACGCUUUUUACGAGGUGAAAUCGAUUUUUUUUAUUGAUAAAUGAAGGUAGGUUUAUGCCAUUUAUGUAUGAAAAAUAACAUCAGUCAUGUGACCACCGUGGCUUCGUUUACAGGUCAACAUCCGAACAUCAAAAUUUUCAAUGACUUUUCCCAGAAUAAUCGGGUCUGUGGCCGCAAUUGCAGUCCGAAUAUUGCGCUUUAGGUCUUGAAUUAUCCGGGGACGAGUCGUAUAUACUUUUCCUUUCAAAAAUGCCCCCAAAAAAUAGUCAAGAGGUGUUAAAUCGCACGAUGUCGGGGGCCAACUGAAUUUCGUGAAAUUAUGCGGACUUGAAAUUUAGUGUGCAAUAAGGCGAUUGUUUGGCGACAUGUGUGAGCCGUUGCUCCGUCUUGAUGAAACCAAAGAUCGUCGGCACCAAUACGAUCCAAUUGUGGCCACAAAAAGUCUGUUAACAUGCCGCGAUAACGUUCCCCGUUGACGGUAAUGGCCGUUUUUUCGGCAUCUUCAAAGAAGAAUGGUCCAACGAUGCCACCAGCCCAUAAUCCGCAUCAAACAGUCACUUUUUCAGGAUGGAGAGGUUGUUCAUGAUAUUGGUGUGGAUUUUCAGCCCCCCAGAAUCUGUAAUUUUGCUUAUUUACGUACCCAUUGAGGUGAAAAUGAGCCUCAUCAGAAAAGAGCACUUUAGCCGAAAAUCCGUCUUCUCUUUCCAGCAUCCAAUGAACAAAAACACGCCGCUGUUGAGGGUCUGCUUCAAUUCUUGUGUUAGUUGGAUUUUGUAUGGAUGGAGGUGUAAAUCAAUGUGUAAAAUCCGGCGUAAAGUGGUCUCGCUAAUUCCCAAUUGUUGCGAACGGUGCCUAGUCGAGGUGGUUGGAUCUUCUUGCACACAUUCACUCACUGCGGCUAUGUUUUCACGAGUACGAGCUGGACGAACAUGUUGGUAUGGUCUACGACCUUCAGCUGAACCAGUUUACCCUCAAAACGAUGAACAAUCAAACGAAUUCCAGGCUCUGUAGGGCGUCCAUGUCGGCCAAAACCGAAGUUUGCGGAAAGUAUUUUUUAUAUAUCGACCGUUUUCGUAGUAAGUUUGGAUAACCAAAAUGCGUUGUUGUGUUGUAAACGAAUCCAUGACUAUAAGUGGCAUACCUUUGACAAUACAUUUAUGCAUACCACGUAUAGGUAAAAAAAGUAAUAGAUGGCGCACCCAGUACAAUGGAAGCAUGGAUGUAGGAAAUAAAAAGACUAAACAAAGGCAUUUCAGUGUCCUUUUCAUUAUAUGCAAUGCACAUUAGAUAAUGACUUUGUUCCUGUUGUAAAAAAACUGAAGUUCUUAUUUGCUAGAAAUUUUCAGAAAAACCCAUGAGUUAAUUGAAAGAUACACUCUUCACUCAGAUUUUCUCAGUCGGUACAUUGAAAAGUCGCAGUACCAGAAUUUGCAACGUUGAUGCUUAUGGUCCUUACCGUCAGACUUUGUAUGCGAUUCACAAAUUUCUGAACGUGGAUUAACCUCUAGGCGUUUCGCAAGUCAUUCUGUUAUGUAUCAUACGUACUGCAAUUUUUUGUGAUUUAUCUUUAUAAAGCUAGACGUUUUGUUUGAAUGCAAGUAAUGUGUAAAAUUGUGAGGGUUCAUUAACAGAUCGUAAUAUUGCGUAGUGUCCUGCUAUAAAUUGACCCCCCUUUCUAGCUUUUCUAUAUGACCGUUUAGAAAAAAGAAUCAUGAAAAAGUUGUAUGGUUUAAUAUGAAGUGUUUCAUGCAAUGCCUUUUUUUACAGGGUAUCUCAGAAAAGUGCUAUUGAAUAAAGUUUUAUUUGUUUGAAUGUUAAAUGUAUUGUCAGUGAAAAUGUUUUAUUCCAAUAUAUGGUUUAUCAACGUAUUUUUAUUAGUUCCGUCAGAAGGUUUGGAUUCUGUGUAUCAUGUUUGCAUACUAGCUGUCUGUAUAAAGCCCGAAACUUAUGAUUAAAUGACACAAUAAAGGCGUUGCAUGGAACAGUAUAUAACUUUUUUUUCUAAGCAGUCAUACACAAAAGUUGAAAAAGGGGCCAAUGUAUGGCUUAUGGACAAAAGUAUCCACAAAGUUAUGAUGAACUUACAUUUUCAGAAUGGAUUUCAGAUUAUUUUAGGUCUACGAAUGGCAGUGGAUAAAUUGAUCACAGUAACGACUAGUUUCAUAAACAAACAUCCUCAUAAAGCACUUUGAUAUAGCAGAAUUUCAAUUAUCAGAGCUUAAAUAAUGACAUAUGACGCUAGUUUGAUAUCUAAAAAACUGUGUUUAAUAAUAGUUUGAAAAUUAACCCCAGGUUACCCACAAAGACUAGAGAUAGCAGGUGAAACUGCGUACUUGAUACACGUAUUUUAUGAAGCCAAUCCUGCCGCCAAUGAUGGUGGAAAUCUAGUGGGCUUAAAGGGGCAUCUGCACUUGAAAAAUUUCAACAUAACCUGCCGCAAUCUUUAUGUGCAUUUAACUCACGUUUUUGAUGCUUUCUCGGUUUAUUACUUCAUGGUUGAUUUAUAUUAUCCAAUAUUUCUGCUUGCAAGUCGUCCGAACGGUCAAAAUUGGAUUUGUUUACAGUCAUUAUGACGCAUCAGGGAGAGAUGCCACAUGCGCAGAAUCUGUAAUUGAUUUUCUGCGCAGUUUACACACGGGAGAUCCCUACGCUCAGGGCUGCGUUCAUAAAUUUUUACAGUGUCUGUUACUCUGUAACAAUUCUAGCGUUCGUAAUUGUUUGAAGUGCACGUGUAUUUGGAAAAAGUACAUAGUAAUCCUUCUGGAACGUCAAAAGUACAAUGUUCCCGUUCUCAAACCUUGGGAACAAGAGUGUUGCCACUUGUCGUUCUCACGGUUCAUUGUUUGUUUACUCUAUUUGGUUAUCAAAAAGUGCUCAAAAUUGGCAGAAUGUGUUUUAAAGAAUAAAUUAGUGGACUGUUAAGUGUCAUGUGUGAUAAUUUAAAUGAAGUUACAUGGUAUUGCAGAGUGAAUUUUCAUCUGUCAUUCAACACUUUAUUACCCUGUACGGCAUUGCAUUACCAAGUGAUUUACAAACGCAUCCCUGCACCUGACAUGUUUGGCUUCAUCCCCUCUCUACGAGUUUAAUCUCUAGUCUUGAUGAUUGGGAUAUUUUAUCGUUUAGUUGUCAAUCGUGCCUGUUAAAGUAAUAAAUGUUUUUCCAGUCUAUAUUUGAAUGUUUUAAGCACCCCGACUCUGUUGACGUGAAUUUUCUAAGUCGACUUACGUUUUUAAGGUGGAUCUAUUUUUAUUGUGGCACUUGAAUGAGCAAGUUACUUUGCUUCAGCACUUGAUUUAUAUUUCCAGACAAAUAUUUCAGAAACUGGAAUGAGGGUUUACCUUCCGGUUUUUUUCAGUAAAAAUUUAAUGCUUCAAGAUGAAAUAAUCCACAGUAGAUUUUGUUAAAAUGUUAGCGUUAUUUACAUGCCGUUCAAGUUUCAUAUGAUCUGUCUUUCAAACAUUUUGAUAAUUUUUUUUGUUUUAUUGUCAAAGGGUAAUAUUUUUCAUAUAUAUUUCAUUUCUAUCAUGUGCGGAAUGAGACCAUACCAAAAAGUUGCUACAGUCUGCCGAUAUCAAAUCGUAAAACAUUAUGUGGUGAAAUGGGGCAUUAAUAUCUGUUGGGAAUAUUUUACUCACAGUUUAACAUAUUACUAGCUGGUUAUAACUCAAAAUAUUCACAACCUGUUUCAUAAUAUUAGGUAUGAAAUUUGGUAUUUGCCUGUCAAUAAUGUUUAUAUAUUAAUUAUUGUAAAUAUUGAUUUAGUAUGUGUAACUUUAUUUGUAUAUUAUUUUACCAUUUUGUAACAUUUACUUUUAUUAUACAAAUCUUCCAACAUUAACUGUUUUUAUUAUUUUAAUCCAAUUCCGGAAACUAAGCUUUGUGAGAUUUGGAUGUAGAACUGUUUAUAAAAAUAAAUGUUUGUUUUAA